UCAAGAUGCAGAUGCAGCAGAUGAAAGGCAACAAAAACUGGGGGAGUGGUCAUGGGAGAGGAGGGGCCAAGCAGGCCAGGAAGGGGAUGAAGCAUGAGGGACAGAGGAAGGGUCCUGGGGGUUUUCAGGAGAAGCAUCCCAUCAUGACCAAGGAUUUCAUCAAUCAACACACGGUGGAGCACAACAGGAGAUACAUCUGUAAAUACUUCCUGGAGGUACGAUGCAUUAAGGGGACCAGUGUAAGUUCAAACUCGAGCUGGUUACACUAGACAAGGAGAAGGAGCUGUGUAUGUGUAAAUUCUACCUCCAAUGAUACUGCAGUAAAGGGGACAAUUGCAUCUACAUGCACAAUAUCCUUCAACACGGAUCACCAGCAAAUAUUCUGGAUUGGUCUAUGGGUGGAAUGAACCUGGGUUGGGGACAAUUCCAUUUCAUUAAGUUCAUUCAUGAAGUAAACAUAAGCAAUGGAUUGGAAUUUUACUUCCAAUUUACUUCCUGAAAUUACUGGACUGAAAUGGACCCAAACCCUGGAAUGAACACAUUACUCCACCUCUUGAGGGUUUACACUUAUCUGAUCAUGAUGAAAGGAGAUUCAUUUGUUGACUUCCCUCAUGUGUUUCGUCAUGAUGACUCAAGGGGUCAGUAGAUGACCAUCAGAUAUAUGGACGAGGUUAAAGAUGGAAACAAAUGUCUUUAUAAACCACUGUGUAAUAUGUGUGUUAUAGUAUGUGAGAUAAGUAGGUGAUGUCCUUCAUAUAUAUGCAAUGUAACAUGUGUAAUAAUAUUAGAAUAAGAAAAACUUUGUCUACACAAUGUGGAAAUUUGUCUUUGGGUUCAGCACAU